AUGUCUAAAACUCCAGACGCCAGUGCUCUCAAGAGCAUUCCGCCAGAGCUUCUGUCGACUAUCCCAGGCGGUAAACCACCACCUGGCGUCACGCCGAAUUUCGAUGACCCAGUGUCUCAAGUACCGGUCAUUGUAGGAGUAGGGACAGCGUUCCUGGCUAUGGCCUGCUUCUGCUUCUUCAUUCGCAUGUACACUCGACUCGCCAUCUCGAAAACAUGGAAGUGGGAUGACUCUAUUCAGUCUCGUAUAUUAUGCGGCGACACUAAAUGCUACAUCACAGUUAUCACAGCAACGCCAGCCCUAGGACUGAUCAAACUCAGCCUUUUCAUUCAAUACUACCUCUUAUUCAAAGUAAGGAGGUAUGUAAGAAUUAGCGUAUAUGUGGGGGCAACACUAUCUGGCCUUUUUUAUAUCGCUACCUCGAUCUCGUCUUUCGUGCUGAGCAGCCCAUGGCCGGGAGAGUCUAUCCUCGACUGUAUCCUCUCAUGGCACUAUCUCAAGUUCGCCGAGUUCUCCAUUCCUACCGGCAUCAUUGGUUCGCUGGUCGAUGUUGUCCUAUUUAUACUCCCAAUGCCCGCUGUAUGGCAGCUGCAGCUGUCAACUGCGAAGAAGAUUGGUAUCAUACUAGUGUUCAUGACUGGUGGCCUUGCCGUGGCAGCCUCGGGUGUGAGCCUUUAUUAUCGUGUCCUCCUCCAAAACGAUGUAAGCGAUGCAUCAUGGAAAGUCGGAUACGUUUUGCUCUGGACGGAGAUCGAGAUGUUUGCUGGCAUCACAGCUUCCAGUAUGCCUGCAGUUAGGCAAUUUUUCUCUUCGCGUACCGGCCUCUUCUCCAAGAACUCACGGCCUUCUUUCACCCCCACAAUUAGCAUGAUAAAUCGCUCCAAGCGGUCUGGCCACGAAGAACUCAUCAACCAGAAAGACAUGGCCUUCCGGAAAUGGGGGUAUCCCGUUAAAAAUGACGAGGAGAGCCUCAACAGGUCAGAGGAAAGCCAGAGUAGCCCCAGACUGAACGGGGCAUCUCCCCAGCCCCAGAACCUAUCACGAUGA